CGUACCUCAAGAUUAUAAUGAUUUCCAUAUUUUUGUCAUGUCAUGCGCUUCGACUUAGUGUGACAUCAUCAAAUUAUCAACUCUAUUCGCCAGCCAUUGGUGGUAACUUGACCUUCAACUUAAAUCUAACCAAUGACGAGACUCGAAAUUCUGCACUCCACCUGAAAUUUUCUUAUCGUCAUAUGACCCAUUCUUGCUGGUGGCAGUCGCGUAAGCCAUAUUUGUCAGUGGGUUCGCUAGUUCCGUAGUGUGUUGUGCACUUUUAACAUCGUUCUGGCCUGUAAAUACUCUUAAUAACAUAAAAAAUGGCAGAUUCUGAAAAAAACCCCGUCUACGGACCCUUCUUUGGCGUCAUGGGGGCCGCAUCAGCUAUAAUUUUCAGUGCGCUGGGCGCAGCUUAUGGUACCGCAAAAUCUGGAACCGGAAUCGCCGCCAUGUCCGUGAUGAGGCCGGAACUUAUCAUGAAAUGUAUUAUUCCAGUUGUCAUGGCUGGUAUUAUCGCCAUUUACGGUCUGGUCAUAGCUGUACUGAUCGCUGGUACUCUUAGUGACAACACUUCAUAUUCCUUAUUCUCCGGUUUCGUUCAUUUGGGUGCCGGACUUUCAGUAGGAUUUUCCGGAUUGGCAGCUGGCUUCGCAAUCGGCAUAGUGGGUGACGCCGGUGUCAGAGGUACCGCACAACAGCCGAGACUCUUCGUAGGAAUGAUCUUGAUCCUCAUUUUCGCAGAAGUAUUAGGUCUUUACGGUCUCAUCGUCGCCAUCUACCUCUACACUAAAGCUUAAGCGCCCAGCUCCCCUUUUCAUCUCCUCAACACAGCGUACCAAAAGUUGCGCCUCGCCCCGAUCAUUUUGUUUUUAAAUGUUUACAUGUAAAAAUAAAAAACUGUAUAAAAACGGUAGCAGGCGAUGAAAGUGACUGAGGCGGCGGGCGUUGUAAAUAAUUUAGUUAUGAUGGGGCCCGUAUUUUUGGCGUACGAGGCAAAAUAAAUAGAG